UGCGACGGUCUUGAAACAAACAACUUGGACAAACAGCAUGGUAGUGACUGAAGAAUAGUUGAAGUGGAAAGUUCCUUGUUUUUCACAAUUUUGCUCAGAACUGCUUUUUUGUUCUUGAUGAUGGGGAAUGCACGGAGAAUGUGAGGGCACAUGUAUUUAGCUUAGCACAGCUGAGCGAAGAUGUAAUUUACAUGUAUGGGACAACUGGGCUUGACAUCUAAAUCUGUACUUGGGUAAUGUUACGUGUAAUGGUGGUUGUUUAUUUCAGCUGAUUUAGCCUAAAGUAAUGGAAAGAUACGUUUUAAACCUCGGCUCCGCGUAUGGGGUGCACUGUAGUAAAGAAAUAAAUGGAAAAUGCAUUCUCUGAAGAGACGUUUAAGCCAGAGAUGGCAUCGAACAGACAACGAGGCCGCGGUCGCCGAAUCUUGUCAGAAUGAGAAUGUCGAAGAAGCCUUACUCACUUCUCAGGCAACUGCGCUUUUACCCCACACAGAAAGUGCUUGUCGAGCGGUGGAGGACUACAGUACAGGAGAGCUACAUUUUAUUGUAGACUAUGUCGGCUCUGCACAGAUAUCUGAGGCGAAAUCUGUAACGCGAAUGAUGGAAACCCUGAAGAGGAUUAAAAAACAACAGAUACGAAGUAUCAGAGUUAAUUUCACAAUACGGGACGGGAUUCUUUUAGUAUCUAGCGUAGAUUCUAACUCUCUGAUCCUUACAGCGCCGCUAUAUGCUAUCGCGUUGUGUGUUCAAGAGCAGCUUCGGGGAUUCGAUAGUACUUUCGGCUUGAAUAUCACGCGAAAGAAAACCCAUAUGUGUCACGUUUUUCAAGCUGGAUCACAACUGGAGGCAGCUAGUAUUGUGAGAACUGUGGCUCUAGCCUUCAAAGCCAUUGGCAAACUAACCAGAGAAAAAGUGGAAAGGGAAUCACGUAGGGCUAGAAGAACUUACUCUGUCAGUAGUUCUGAGCGUACUCGCACUAACUCUGAAGUCUCAACAACUUCUACAAUUGGCAGUUCAUCUCUAGAACAUAGACAUCCUCAUGUAAAGUGGAAACAUGGCAUUGAAAGUUCAUCUGGUCGGAGAUCUCCUCAUGGGAAGAAAUAUACCAAAAGUUCCACCAGUCCCUCUAUUCUUCGUCAUCCCACCAGUACACACACUUCCGGACGGCAUGUUGAAUUUUCUGCAUUGUCACCUGUGCCUUCUGAUGGUAGUGACAGCGAUGGCAAGGAGGCAUCUGCUCUGCAGUUAAAACAACCUCUUCUCAAUUGCCAAAUCUCUGUUCAAGCUGAUAUACAUACAUACCCAUCCACUGAGGACGAACCUCCCAUAUGGGUGAAAAGAGCAGAGCCAAUGAGAAGGACUGGUUUGUCAGAUGUGGAAAAUGAUGCAACUAAGGCUAGUUCUUCAAAACAUGAACCAUCUAUGAGAUUUAACCACACAGAAGAAAUGCAACCUCAGUUUUCAGAGCCUAUCAUUGCAACAGAAAAUUCACCCCCUACGCUUUCUCCUCCAAUAAAACAAAAGAAUAAUUUUUCAGGUGAUUUUUCUGGGGACAGAAAAAUUAGAAAAAGUAGGAAGCUGGAGCUGCAGGAGGUCCCAGAGAAAAAUUUGAGAGAAUAUGACACCUCAGUUUGCAUUGAGAAGGAAGUUGCCACAGAAAACUUUGUCGUGCCUUGGACAACUGCUCUCCUUCCCAAUGAGACCUUUCAAAAAGACACUGUUAACUCCCCCGAUAGUCUAUCAUCAAAUUUUGCCAAGUACAGAGGAAAUCAACCUCAAGACAUGUCCUUACCUUUGUCUGACAGUGAAGGACCAGAAGAUCUUGAUGCAAUCCAUGAUACAGUAGCUGCUGUGCAAAAAGGGGAAAAGACAGUUGUUGAGAAGUUUAUUGACAGUGGCAUAUCUGUAGAUUCCCAUGACUCGGCUAGGAGAAGUUUAUUAUACUAUGCUGUGUCGCUAGGUGAUGUAGAGAUGUCACAGUUUCUGUUGAAGAGGGGUGCAGAUAUAAACUGGGAAGGACCAGAUGAUAAGUCUCCUCUGCACGUUGCAGCAUCAGCAGGAAACAGAGCUGUUACUCAGUUACUUCUUGGUUAUGGAGCAAAUGUUAGAGCUAAAGACAACAACUUUUGUACACCACUUCAUAUGUCAGCUGAACACAGGAGCAAGUUGGAAGUGUCCAUCCUUCUGGUAGAACAUGGAGCAAGAAUCUAUGAGAACAAUAUCCAUGGGGUGCGACCAGUUGACCUAGAACCGGAGCUUAAAGAGAUGCAGAGACUCCUUGUACAGUCAGCCUGUGAAGCUUUUGCUGCAGCAGACAUUACCAAAUCGCGAUCAAAUUCAGGAGCUUCAUCAAUCAACCAGGGUUCAGUCAGUUCAAAUGUUAAAUCUAAGGCUGGUGUGCAGUCACCUGCAACCGAGCGGGUAUCUGCUUUACGAAGAGGACUGUUCCAACACAGAAGAUCUUCAAGUUUGUGCUCCAUAUCGGGUGGGCAUGGAAGUCCAGAGACUGGGAGAAGAAAGCACUGUAUCAAGAGAUCAGAAAGCAUUCAUAUUGCCCGAACGCUGAGUCCUCUGCUUGCCAAUUCUAGAAGAGGGGGCCUUAUGCGCAUGCAUAGUUUUCACAGAACAACUCAGGAUCAAACACAGACUGCUGACAUACAUGCAGAUCAGACAGAUCAGAAAAAUUCUGCAGACCAGCAGCUUUCUGUUGUUAAACUAACUGACUCUCUGUUAGAAGGAGUAAACCUCAAAAAAGAUUUUUCACGCAACAAAACAGCUAUGGAAUCAACAGUCGAGCCAAAGGAGACAUGCAUCUCAUCUGUAAACACAAUAGAUACACACACUGCAAAUGCAGAAGAACAGAGAAUGGAUUCUGCUUUGAAGCUCGAUCCUCCUGUUGAAACACUUGAGCAGAACACAGCUGUAGUAACAAUGCACCAAUUUCCAAAUGAUGUUUUAAGUUCUGAUUUUCAAACAAGUCCCUUAAAGCAAUCAUCAGACAUGACUGGAUCAAGUGAGCCCUUGCAUGCUUCACCUGAAGCCAGUCUUCUCUCUCCUUUCAUUCCAAAGAAACGUUCCAUUGAAAAACAAAGACCUGUAUCAGAUCUCAUUCAAUUAGGGGAAAACCCAGAGGCUAUUGAAGAUAAAAUAGGUUCAGUGGAAAUGAAUAAAGAUGUUGUUGCUAAUAAUCUGCCUUCUGAAAAAGUUCAGCCCAUAGAGGAAACCAGUGAAGCAAAAGGAUUAGAAAGACAGCUGUCAAAUCCUAGGCAGCCUAGUUUGGAGUCAGAUCAGUCUGUGAGCUGUCGGAGAAGCACAUCUGAAUGUGAGGAUAGCUCCUUUAUAAGCACUGGCUCCAACUACAUCAGAGAUGUUGAUCCUUUGAUUGACGCUCUUCAACCAGUGGUUCAUCUGUCAGGCAAUCCUGAAUGCCACUCCAGUUUACUGGCUUAUUUAUGUCUUCCUAAAGCAUCUGGUCAGCUCAUUACCCUAUCACACAUGGACUCUGGCUCAUCUCUGAUUAACAACCACAUUGCAGUGCUGAUUGGUAAUCUUUUCAAUCUGGAAGGGGCAGACAGCCGCAAGAGAUCAGUUGAAGCUGGCCUCAUUGAAACAGUUUUGAAACUUGUGGACAGUCCUGAACCUAUUCAGAGCACAUGUUUGUCAAUUUUACAAAGUAUCCUUGACUUCAACAACGAUCAAGAAUUCUCCACAGCCUUGAAGACUAUUCCCCUGGAGCCUUUGUUAAGCUUAUUGCAGAUCAGUGAUGUUGACAGUGGUGCAUUUGACCUGCGACAGACAGACUCACCCCCUCCUUAUCCCUCAGCCAGUCAUGACAGGCAAAGAUAUCGCAAGAGAAGCACUUGUAGUCAGAGUUCUUGUGAUGAGCGGGCGAGAGAAAUGUCCCCAAUAGUCCAAAGAGGCUCUGUACAGAGAAAUAACUCUGGAGCAUCAGAUGCGCGAUCUGACUUCUGGCCACAACAUGGCUGUUAUGUGCUGCAGAAAAAGAACAGCAUAUGCAGUGUGGGAAGUUCAGCGGAUGGGGAUCAUUCAUUCCCUCUCUACAGCCCUGGAUUUGGUCAUAACCACCUUCCAUUAAUGGAUCUGCACUCCAAAACAAUGCCUAGAGUAGUUGCCACAAAAAUGCUGUCAGCCAGCAGUAUUCAUCCAAAGAUGCAGAUGGAACUUGGCAAGACAAGGCCACUUUCCUUACUUCUGGACACACUGACAGACGGUAACCCGGAAAUUGUGAUAUACUGUGUUGCAACUAUAGCAAACAUUGCAAUGAAUGUGGACAAUCAUAUGCAGAUUGAUUUGGCUGGAGGUGUUGAUGGCCUUAAACAAAUGCUGAGCUAUGGAGAUGCAAGAGUACGAUACCAUGCCGCUCGUGGCUUAAUUUAUCUUGGUUACAUUGAUGUCGGAGGAGUUUAUCUCUUUAAACGUGUUCCAGGUGAUGAAAAGCUUGACGUUUUGUUCUCAGAGUCAACCACUGGAGAGGAACACCUCUAUGUCAGAGGGGCUACAGUGGAGAAAAUCGUUGAGAUCAUCACUAAUAACCCGUCCCUUUUGUGGGGUGGUUUGACUCUACCACCUUGGUCUGGACGCUCAAAGAAACAUUCCUGGUACAAAUCCAGCAGCUCUGGAAACAAACACAUGCCUAGUGAUGACCACAUUGUGGAUUUUUUGCUGACAACUUACAAGAGCUAUGUACAUCCCUCCAUCCUUAUGAGAUUGCUGCUUCAUAGAUUUCAUGACCCCUGGUUUGGCAAGUACUUUGAUGGAGACCCGUCCACUGGGCAGAUGCAAGACUACAGUCCACUUCCUGUAUUGCACAUUCAUUUGAUGAGAUUAUGGACAGCCUGGCUUGAAAAAUGUCCUGAAGAGUUUGUUAGUAACCCUGUAAUAGCAUCCGAGCUGAACGAAGUUAUACAUCCUCUAAGAAAGGCUGGUGGUCCCUACCUUCCGUGUGCAGAAAUCUUGGCAGAUCUCAUCCAGACCCUGAUAGAAAGGGAACGAAAGAAGCACCACCGGGACAGAUUCCAGGCAAACCAUUGUCACCAUGCCAUUCUUUAUGAACAGUGUCAAAAAGCAGUCGUAAGCGGAAGCUUGCCUUGUGCGGUUGAGGAUUCUAUUUACCUGAGUGCACUACAACUAUAUAUUGAGGAUCUUCUCCCAGUGGAGGUGCGGGGAAAGCAACGUCUCUUUCAACCCUCCAGUAGAGAGAAGUUAUCAGUUUCUCGUAUCAAGUUGAGUUUGCAUCCAUCUAUGUAGAAAGUAAAGAAUAUGGGAAAAAGAAUCAAGGCUCAGUACGAACAGUUUGUGACCAGCGGUAUGUCGGAGAGGAAUGGUAAACACAACUACAUCGACUACUGUCAGGCUAUGCCAGGAUACGGCUGCCAGUUUUACAAGCUGAAGGAAUGUUUGGGAACUGACAACCCCAGGGGUGGUCCCCUAAGAUGUUACUUUGGGGUCAGUCCUCGGAAGAUCACAAUUUUGGACGAGAAAACAAAGGCUGUUAUUGGAACGUGGCAGUCCAAGGAACUGAAAAGGUGGCGGUCUUUAGCAGAAGACACCCGACUCCGCUUAGAAUUCAUUAACAAGACGUUCGAAUUUGUGUUAGAAAACAAAGGUGUGUUCAAAGAAAUCAAUGAUGCGCUUCUGCUGUGCACUAAAGUUGAGUUACAGAUUCUUGCGGGGCAGGAUUUUUCUCCAUGGAGUAAAUACGCUGAGGAAACUGAAAUGUGGGGACAACAGGCCUUGGAAGCUGUUGCUCGAAAACCUGCGUUUUACUCUGAUAAGUAUGAAAGCGACUCAGGGGUUUCCAGAUUAAGGGCUAUCUCCUUAGCUUCUUCUGUUCCUGAUCAGUAUGCAGCUAAAGUGAGAAGGCAUCUGUCCACUCUAGCAAAGCUGUCUUCUUCCGCGCCGUAUCAGCAAGGAGCAUUACAGCAGAAAUGUGACCGAGAUGAUGUCAUGGCUCUAAAGACUAGUGCAGAGGCUGUUUUGCCUGCCACAGGAGCAGCUAUCUCAGUUGCUGGCAGUCCUGGCAACGUAUCAGUGGCGUCCCAUGCAUCCGGAGACCUUCUUUUGGGCUCCUUACAGAGCACUUUAGACCCAAAUAAGGGCUCUUGGGAGCCAGGGUCACUUCCGACAAGCGAUCAGAGGAGACCAUCGAGUAAGGAACUUGACGCGUGUUUAGGAAGCAGUGAAGCAAGCGCUGAUGACUCCAAUUCGCCAACAGAGCGCCACGCUCUCGACCCUUCGGGCUCUUUCCCUGUGGGACAGGACUUGAGGAAUUUGGCAUCCAGCGAUCGCCGCCCCAAGUAUUCAGCAAAUAGUAACGCUUCUUCAUUGGGGAGUGAUACGCCCAGUUCAGGACAAACCACGCCCACGUACAAGGGACCGUUUAGUUCGACGCUACGCGACGAUGACGAUUUUGAAAGUGUAAAUCGGUCUUUCGGUCAGAGCUCUAAUGGACUGUUGUUAAUUUGUCAAUGCCCCCCAGACGCUGAGUUGCCGGGAUUCGAUCGGCGAGACUUCUCGCCUUUUGACUUGCUUCAACAUCCCAAGGAGUUGGCACGACAGAUCACACUUAUUGACCACGAGUGUUUCUGUGCAGUGUCGUCAGCUGACAUCCAGAAGAAGAUUGCCAUGGGAACGGGCAAGAAACGGAAGGUGCCACCUGAAGAAAGACUGUCUGUGGAGAAAGUUGCUGACAGAUUCAAUCAGCUGAGUACCUGGGUAGCAGCCACGAUUGUUACAGAAAAAUCAGUGGAGAAGCGUGCCACAAUGUUCAUUAACUUCAUCGAAACAGCCAAGCUGUGUUUAGAGUUGAGAAACUUUAACGCUGUAAUGGCUAUUGUUGUGGCGGCUCUGGGCAGUGCACCUGUGAGACGACUUCACAAAACAAAAGAGCUCGUUCCCAAAGAAGUCCUAGAGCAGUACGCCAAGAUGGAAAUACUUAUGGAUACAAAAGAUAACUAUAAACGAUAUCGACAAGCCCUUGGCUCUUCUCCUACUCCUUCAGUCCCGUACUUUGGUGUUUAUAUGAAAGAUCUGACCUUCAUUGCAGAAGGAAAUCCCGACUUCUUUAAGGGUGGUCUCAUCAAUCUGACGAAACGAAGACAGAUUUACCUUGUGAUCGAUGAAAUAAGACGUUUCCAGAAGGAUGUUUAUAAUUUUCAAGAGGUGUCUGAGAUCCGAGACUACCUCGCCAACGAGAAGAUUCACACAGAGAAAGAGCUGUAUGAUAUCUCGUGCCAGUUCGAGCCAGGCCUCCCUCGGAGACACUCUGAAGCCGACAAAUCCUCCAUAUCGCGCCCAGUCCCACAGUUCAAGUCGAGCACGGUCGGCCGCAUGGCGGGAAAGAGAUGUAUGAGUCUGUCCCGGAGCUCGACCUUGGAAGCCGCCAUGCCAGAUUCAACGUGUUAACGUCACACUGACGUCAAUAAAUUUUUGACGUCACUAAAGCUUAAAAGUAUGACAGUGAAAGUGCUGCUUUGGAAGAAAAGAUUUAUCGAUAAUAAUUUAUCAAAUUUGAUUAUAAUUUAUCAAAACCUUUUGACAGAGGGAACGGCACAUUUGGAAAUUGACUUUGAAGUCUUGCAUUGUUUCUCUGAUCAAUUUCAGUGCGAGAUGCGAACGUAUUUUGUCCUACAGAGAUGUAUACACUGAUAUGAAGUUUUUCAUGUUGUAAAUAGUUUUACGUAGGUCCAAUUGUUGUUUACAGUGAUGAUUUUAUAAAGCUAUUUUCAUGGACUUUGAACUCGUUCCGUUGGAAAAUCGUCAUUCUCAGCCCCUUGUUAGCCUAACACAAGGUUUCGUCUUACGUCUCUACUGUCAUAUUUAUUUAUCCACAUUUGAGUCUCUGAGGGUCGUAACCUUCAUCCUAUGAAUAAAUUGCUGUAUUUACAGUGGACGUUAUUAAAAAUAGACUGUAAGAAA